AUGAUUCAAUGUUUGAAUAUUGUUUUUCUUCUUCAUGAUUCUUAUCGUUCAUUUGAAGUUCUUUUUGAUAAAAUAAUUGAACAUAUUGAAUCUUACUCAUCCUCAAUAGAAAAUACUCAAAUAGUUUCAUUAGUUUGUCAACUUAUCAAUGGACUUGAUAUAUCUCAUCAAACAUCAAAAUCACUUCAACAUUCUAAAAUUUUAUUAAAAUGUCUUGAAUAUGAACCAAAUAAUUAUCGUCUUAUUUAUUUUACUUCUAAUUAUUUAUCAUUAGAAUAUCGUAUGGAAUUUCUUAAUCUUAUUUGUCAAACAUUUACGAAUAAUAUUGAUAUUUUAAAAAUGAUUAUCAAUGAAAUUAAAAUGAAUAAAGACGUAAAUGAUGAACAAUUUUUAGAUGCAAUUAUUGAUGGUUUAAAAGAAUUAAAUGAUAAUAUUGAACAAGGAAUUGAAUGUAUUAUGGAAUUAAUUGAUAGAAUGAACAAAAUAUCAAAUAAAAAUUGGAAAAAUAUUCUAAGAUUAAAACAAAAAAUUCUUUUCAAAUUAAUUAAUAAAGAUUAUUCAAAAUUAUCAAGUCGAAUUCUUGUUUCGAAAUUAAUUGUUCAAACAAUAAAUGUUCUACGAUCAAAUGAUCGUAUUAAUGCUAUUAAUCGUUUAAUAAAUAAAUCAGAUCAUUCAUCUCUUCUUCUAGCUUAUGUUUUUCAUGAUUUAUUAAAUCUUGACGAACCAAUUGAUAAUGAAAUAUUUCUUGAUUAUCUUCAAAAACUUAUUAAUAAUUAUUCAUCAGAAUCUAUUGUUUUUGAUUUACUUAAUAUUUAUUGCCAAAAAAAUAUCAAUCAACAUGAAAAGAUUUUAGAAUUACUUCAAAAUGACGAUAAUCAAGAAAAAUUACCCAUAAAACAAACAAAUCAAUUAUUACUUAUAUUAAAAUUAUUUCCAGAUUCUAUAUCAAUAGCAGAGACAAUUUAUAAGACUCUUGUUAAGAAAGCUAUACUCUUUUUUCAAUCAUCAUCCAAUGAAAAUAAUCAGUAAGUUAUUAGCACAAUUUGUGAGAGAUUCAAAUGUGAAACAUGAUGUAGCUAGUGUUGCUAACCAAAAGGUUAUUAUCAUAAUCUAUUUAUCUUGGGGGAUAUUUUUUCACCAUCUUUUUUACUUAAUCCUCCAGAACUGAGGAAUAUCCAAGAACUGAGAAAUAGGAAAAUUCUUCUCAAUUUCCUUACAGUCCUAUUCUUGUCAUAAUAAAAAAAAAUACCUAUACUCAAUAGUUUUUCUCGUACAUUCAUAUUCAUCCAGGAAUUCGUCAACAUGAAUGUGUGAAUAUAUUAACCAUUACGGAAAAAACAUCACCUUGGCUUUUAUAAAUGUUAGAACUGUGACGUUAUUCACCUAUUUCUCAGUUCUUUGUCAUUGCUGGACAAAAUUUGAUCAUCUUAAGUCUGCUCCAUCCUUCACUGACAAAAUCCUAGUAGCACUUAAGAAAGAAACAAUAAACUUCUAGACAUCAUGAGACUUCAACAUAUAUUAAAAAUUAUAGUCGAAAAACUUCUAAAUCUCUGAGAUCGUUGAGUUCUGAUUUUCUAUGGAUAGUUAUUGAAGUUUUUUUCUUUCUAUCAUAAACGAAUUGUUUCAUAACUUUUCUUUUUGCUCUUUAGGAA